AUGAACAACGGAGGUAUUCCAAGAGCAAGUGAACAUUAUAGAAGCCUUAACGAAGAUUUCUCCGAGAGUCACUUUGCCCUAUUCAAACAUGACGCGGAAAUUCACAAAUUAUACAAGGGGGAACUUGAAGCCGCUAGUGAACGAAUCAGGUAUCUUGAGUUGAAGCUUCAAGAUCAGGAAUCGCAUCUUCGUGAACGUGAUUUGUUACAGAAACGUUUAUAUGACAGUGAGAGAACUCGGAAAAUUGAGGUAUCUGCUCGACUCCGGGUACAAUGCCACCUCGACAUUGAACAAAAGAAAUCUUUGGAAUUCGCUCAAGAGGUGAGAAAUUUGCAAGAGUACUUGCACAAGAUGACGGGAGAUUAUACAAGCCUGCAAACCCACUCUUUAGAUAUCAUAUCUGCGAUAACAACAUGUAACGAUAAAUUGCGAGGCGAAACCAACAAAUUACAUCAUCAAGCCAUGCACAAUCAAGCCGAAAUUAUUCAUAACCAGCGUAUUAUCAAUUCUUUAGCUGACAAGAUAUCUUCAUACGAUGAAAACGCGGAAAAGGUUCUCGAAUAUUUGCAAUCAAUACGGUGGAAAUUAAACGACUCGAAAAGAUCAGUGGGAGAGGCAGAUAUAGAUGAUUCAGUUCUGAAGAAGUCAGAGAACGAUGAAGCCGGCGUUAGGCAUUGA